AUGUCUACAUUCGCUAGGCGGCGUAUUAUACAGGAUGUUGCUAGAAUAACUCGAGAUCCUCCAAAAGGCACCAGAGCGUUACCGUUUUCAGACAAUAUGAUGUACUGCCAUGCAAUCAUCAAUGGCUCUGAAGGAAGUAUUUGGGAGUGUGGUACUUUUCAUCUUAUAAUUAAAUUCUCCGAAGAUUAUCCUACAAAACCACCAAGCGUUCGAUUCCUGUCUAAAAUGUUUCAUCCUAACAUUUACGGUGAUGGUAAAAUAUGUCUUGACAUUUUACAAAAUCAAUGGACUCCUAUGUACGAUAUCGCAUCUGUUCUCAUGUCAAUUCAGUCUCUACUCAAUGACCCGAAUCCUAUGUCGCCUGCCAAUACAGAGGCUGCAGAAAUAUACACGGGAAAUAGACCCCUCUAUGAACGGAAAGUUAUCCAAUGUGUAGAAGAUAGCUGGGUUGUACCAGUUCUGACUGAAUCUUUUAUAGAUUAG